AUAAUUUUCAGAAUAAAUAGGACUGUUAUAUGAAUUUAAAAGCAGAUAAUUUGAACGUUUAGUUGUUCAAUUCCCAGAAAUAAAAGCGCCAACCGACAGUUCUCCAGCAAACGAUUGUCAUCAGCAAUGGGUCAUGGAUUUGGCGAACUGGCUAAGGUGCGCGGCAUCGUAACCCACAAAAUUUCACCCUUCGAGCAAAGAGUGUUUGCUAACUACUUCAGCAAGACGAUUCCCAACACGCUCCGGCGGAUUCGCUCACAGAUCUUCAUCGUAACACCGCCAUUCAUUAUGGGCUAUAUGAUUUACAAUUAUGUGGAAAACCUGCACACCCAGAUGAAUCGCAAAAACCCAGCUGAUUUCGAAAACGACUCGUAAAUAAUUAGCAAGCUUAGUGACGCAGUGGAACUUUUGAAUUGGAGUUAGCUGGAAUAAAUCGAAUGAUCUAU